AUGGUGGGUAAGAAUGUAGCCAAGUCUUUAUCCUCUGCUCCGUCAACCAAGAAACGCAAAGUCUCUCCGUGCUCUUCCUUGCCAUUGAUCAUCGAGCAGAAAAUUGAUGCCAAUGAUGUUGUGGAUGCCCACGAUCUUGUGUCACGGAUCGACAUUCACAGCGCCACGAAAGCUCGGAUGCUGCUCACAUGGCUGCUGUACCCUGUAACUCCCGAGGAAUUCUACGAAAAUUAUUGGGAGCAGCGCCCAUUGGCUAUCAAACGCAACUACUCCAGCUACUAUGAUGGCUGGUUUAGCAAGCAUGAUAUCGACCGUAUACUUAAGACUCAUACACUCGAGUACGUCGCUGAUUUGGACUUAACUAAGUAUUUAGACGACACUCGUCACACACUUAAUCCAUCAGGUACUGCAACAGCCAAUCAAGUGUGGCAACAUUUUGAUGAAGGCUGCUCUGUCCGUCUCUUGUGUCCACAAAAGUACUCGGACAAUGUUUGGAAGCUGCUAGCCACGUUGGAGGACGAAUGGGGUUGUAUGGCCGGUGCCAACACUUACUUGACACCGAAAAAUACGCAGGGAUUUGCUCCUCAUUUUGAUGACAUUGAGGCAUUCUUGUUGCAGAUGGAAGGAAGCAAGCAUUGGAAAGUGUAUCAACCUAUGAACAAGAGCGACAUGUUGGCAAGAUAUCCCAGUGGUAACUUUAAGUCGGAAGAACUGGGCAAACCUACUUUGGAGAUUGAUCUAGAUCCAGGAGACUUGCUUUACUUUCCUCGCGGCUUUGUCCAUCAAGCACGUGCAUUCGAAGAGAAGCACUCGUUGCACUUGACAGUAUCAACAGGUCAACAAAAUUCGAUGGGUAAUUUUCUCGAAGUGCUACUACCUCAAGCGAUCGCAAGUGCGAUUGACAAUAACGUGGAUUUACGACGCUCACUACCCCGAGAUUACCUGGAAUAUAUGGGUGUCAUGCACUCAGACCGUCAAAAUGAUCCAAAGAGGCAGGCAUUUGCUGAGAAGCUAAAGAACGCGUUAAAAACCGUGCUUGGGGAAGCCAUGGAUAUGCUUGAUGCUGCGUCAGAUCAAAUGGCCAAGAAUUUUCUUGUGGAUCGCUUGCCUCCGGUACUGGAAGAUGUAGAAGAAAACUGUACGAGUGACAAUAGCCCAUUGCAGAAAAUUAUGGUCAACACCCAGUUAAAGCUAAUUCGACAUGGUGUGGCACGUCUAGUGAUUGAAGAAGGUAAAGCUGUACUCUACCAUUGCCGUGAAAACUCUCGUAUGCAUCACGAAGUUCCAAUUUCUCCGCUCGAAUUUGAGCUAGACGAUGCUGAAAGCCUUGAAUUUAUUCUCAGAAGCUACCCUAAUUACUUCCGCGUGGGCGACAUGCCGCACGAAGAUCCUCAAGACCAGAUGGCGCUCGCGAAAGCCUUGUACAAGGAAGGCAUUUUGAUGUUUCAGAAAUCUUGA